AUGCCUUCUUCACCAAUGGCCUCGCUUACCCCACGAACGCCCCUCACACUCUCUCCCAGCCACUCCCAGAUCUAUACCCUGGCACCUGACCUCUGCCCUACCCUUCACGAAUCGGAGAUGAAAAUUGCCAAAAAGGACAUCCAACCUGAAAACAGCAACACCUACCAUAGCUACUCUACAUCUCCCGCAUAUGCCAGCAGCGAGAAUCUCAACGAAAGACUUAACAUCCAUCUACCGAACCCUCUGCCGCAGAACCCAAGCCCUCGUGCCAGACUCAACCUCGGACAAAGCAAACGUAAAACCCGACGCGAAACCGAACCUCGAGCCCUCGCGCCAAGAAUCACCACCCCUUUCCGAGAAGCCUACUUUUCGCUUCCAGCCAAGACCCCAUCUUCCUCCGACGCUGAUCCAGAAGAAAGCACGUCCCCACCCCCCGCCCGCUACGCCAUCCAGCCACCGCACCGGCGGUCCAACAACAGGAAUUCCGCCGUGCGCCACAUCCCCAUUCCGGCACCCUGA